CGCCGUGUUAGAUUUACAACGAUUCGGUGGCUAAUCGUUAGAUUUUGGAUUAAGGUUACAGACGACGACGAGAGAUGCCGUCAAACGGAGAUCUCGACCGUCAGAUCGAACAGUUAAUGGAGUGUAAACCGUUGGGUGAAGCAGACGUGAAGAUCCUCUGCGAUCAAGCCAAAGCGAUUCUCGUUGAGGAAUAUAAUGUUCAACCGGUUAAGUGUCCGGUUACGGUAUGCGGCGAUAUCCAUGGACAGUUUUAUGACCUAAUUGAGCUUUUUCGUAUUGGUGGUAAUGCUCCUGAUACUAAUUACCUCUUCAUGGGUGAUUAUGUAGAUCGUGGCUACUAUUCAGUAGAAACAGUCUCUCUAUUGGUGGCACUGAAGGUGCGUUACAGGGACAGACUCACGAUCCUGCGAGGGAAUCAUGAGAGUCGUCAGAUUACACAAGUCUAUGGUUUUUACGACGAAUGCUUAAGGAAAUACGGAAAUGCAAAUGUGUGGAAGUACUUUACGGACCUUUUCGAUUAUCUUCCUCUUACAGCACUCAUAGAGAGUCAGGUUUUCUGUUUGCAUGGAGGACUUUCACCUUCUCUGGAUACCCUUGACAAUAUCCGAAGCUUGGAUCGAAUACAAGAGGUUCCACAUGAAGGACCAAUGUGCGAUCUACUCUGGUCUGAUCCAGAUGAUCGUUGUGGAUGGGGAAUAUCUCCCCGUGGUGCUGGUUACACGUUUGGACAGGACAUUGCUACUCAGUUUAAUCAUAACAAUGGACUGAGUCUGAUAUCAAGAGCGCAUCAACUUGUAAUGGAGGGCUAUAACUGGUGUCAGGAAAAGAACGUAGUGACGGUGUUUAGUGCACCAAACUACUGUUACAGAUGUGGAAACAUGGCAGCAAUUCUUGAGAUUGGAGAAAAGAUGGAACAGAACUUCCUUCAGUUCGAUCCAGCACCUAGACAGGUCGAACCCGAUACCACCCGCAAGACCCCUGAUUAUUUUUUGUGAUUUCCCUACCACUUCAUUUUUUA